AGGCGAGGGGAAAGUUCCGACCGCCCAGGACUCCCUAGCGUGAAUCCCAUCCCCUCAAGUUCCUCUCCAGAAUCUCCCCCUUCUCCCGCCUUUGCCCUGCAACUCCUCCCUCUCACUCUGAGUGGCACGCACCCCGUCCCCUCCCUGUCCGCAAAACUACUCUUCAAAGGCUUCCUUCCGGGCACCGCGAAGCCAGCGUGCUCAGCAUUCGGAGAGGCAGCGGCGCUCGCCUUCAUCCAGGGCAACAAAACUGCCAUUUCCGAAGAGAAAGGAAACCGCUCGCGGCUUCUGGGGUUCCUAGGAGCGCGCCUGCGAGGGAGGCCGCGAGCCGAGUCGCCACGCCCAGGACCCCGAGCCCGCCCCCGCGCCACCCAGCCCGGCCCCGCCGCCCCGGCUGCGCACGCGACGCCCCCUCCAGGCCCCGCUCCUGCGCCCUAUUUGGUCAUUCGGGGGGCAAGCGGCAGGAGGGGAGACGUGCGCGGCCGAAGGGGAAGCAGAGCCUGCGCUGGCUGCGCAGAGGAGCCGCUCUCGCCGCCGCCACCUCAGCUGGGAACCCACGAGGCCGCUGCAUCCUGCCCUCGGAACAAUGGGACUCGGCGCGCGAGGUGCUUGGGCCGCGCUGCUCCUGGGGACGCUGCAGGUGCUAGCGCUGCUGGGGGCCGCCCAUGAAAGCGCACCCAUGGCGGCAUCUACAAACAUAGAGAAUUCUGGGCUUCCACACAACUCCAGUGCUAACUCAACAGAGACUCUCCAACAUGUGCCUUCUGACCAUACAAAUGAAACUUCCAACAGUACUGUGAAACCACCAACUUCAGUUGCCUCAGACUCCAGCAAUACAACGGUCACCACCAUGAAACCCACAGCGGCAUCUAAUACAACAACACCAGGGAUGGUCUCAACAAAUAUGACUUCUACCACCUUAAAGUCUACACCCAAAACAACAAGUGUUUCACAGUACACAUCUCAGAUAUCAACAUCCACCAUGACCGUAACGCACAAUAGUUCAGUGACAUCUGCUUCUUCAUCAGUAACAAUCACAACAACGAUGCAUUCUGAAGGAAAGAAAGGAUCAAAAUUUGAUACUGGGAGCUUUGUUGGUGGUAUUGUAUUAACGCUGGGAGUUUUAUCUAUUCUUUACAUUGGAUGCAAAAUGUAUUAUUCAAGAAGAGGCAUUCGGUAUAGAACCAUAGAUGAACAUGAUGCCAUCAUUUAAGGAAAUCCAUGGACCAAGGAAGGAAGACAGAUUGAUGCUGCCCUAUCAAUUAAUUUUCGUUUAUUAAUAGUUUAAAACAAUAUUCUCUUUUUGAAAAUAGUAUAAACAGGCCAUGCAUAUAAUGUACAGUGUAUUACAUAAAUAUGUAAAGAUUCUUCAAGGUAACAAGGGUUUGGGUUUUGAAAUAAACAUUUGGAUCUUUAUAGACCGUUAAUACAAUGGUUUUAGCAAGUUCAUAGUAAGACAAGUCCUAUCUUUUUUUUUUUUUUUUGGCUGGGGGUGGGGGGCAUUGGUCACAUAUGACCAGUAACUGAAAGACGUCAUCACUGAAAGACAGAAUGCCAUCUGGGCAUACAAAUAAGAAGUUUGUCACAGCACUCAGGAUUUUGGAUAUCUUUUGUAGCUCCCACAAAGAACUUCAGUGCUUUUCAGAGCUGGAUAUAUCCUAAUUACUAAUGCCACACAGAAAUUAUACAGUCAAGUAAACCAGAUAUGAAGCAUAAUUUAAGAAAAACAUCAGCAUUUUUUGUGCUUUAAACUGUAGUAGUUGGUCUAGAAACAAAAUACUCCAAGAAAAAGAGAAAAUUUUCAAAUAAAAUCCAAAAUAAUAGCUGUGCUUAGCCCUGUUAGGGAUCCAUUGGAGCAUUAAGGAGCACAUAUUUUUAUUAACUUCUUUUGAGCUUUCAAUGUUGAUGUAAUUUUUGUUCUCUGUGUAAUUUAGGUAAACUGCAGUGUUUAACAUAAUAAUGUUUUAAAAGACUUAGUUGUCAGUAUUAAAUAAUCCUGGCAUUAUAGGAAAAAAACCUCCUAGAAGUUAGAUUAUUUGCUACUGUGAGAAUAUUGUCACCACUGGAAGUUACUUUAGUUCAUUUAAUUUUAUAUUUCGUGAAUAUUUUAAGAACUGUAGAGCUGCUUUCAAUAUCUAGAAAUUUUUGAGUGUAAACACACCGAACUUUAAGAAAAAGAACCCCUUGUAUGAUUCUCAAAAGAACAUUUAGAAUUCUAUAGAGUCAAAACUAUAGUGUAAUGCUGUGUUUAUUAAGCCAGGGAUUGUGGGACUUCCCCAGGCUACUAAACCUGCAGGAUGAAAAUGCUGUAUUUUCUUUCAUGCACUGUCGAUAUUACUCAGAGAUUUGGGGAAAUGACAUUUUUAUACUAAAACACCAACAUAUUUUAGAAUAAAUUCUUAGAAAGUUUUGAGAGGAAUUUUUAGACAGGACAUUUCCUCCUUCCUGAUUUAGAUACUCCCUCAAAUCCCUCCUCUCACUCCAUGCUGAAGGAGAAGUACUUUCAGAUGCAUUAUGUUAAUGGAGAGAAAAAGCACAGUAUUGUAGAGACACCAAUAUUAGCUAAUAUAUUUUGGAGUGUUUUCCAUUUUACAGUUUAUAUUCCAGCACUCAAAACUCAGGGUCAAGUUUUAACAAAAGAGGUAUGUUGUAGUCACAGUAAAUACUAAGAUCGCAUUUCUAUCUCAGAGGGCCAAAGUAAAUCACACGUUUCUGAAGGUCCUAAAAAUAGCUCAGAUGUCCUAAUGAACAUGCGCCUACAUUUAAUAGGAAUACAGUAAAACUGUUGUGGUCAGCUUUUGUUUUGCAGAGAAUGCUAGAUAUUAAGAAUUUUGAAAUGGAUCAUUUCUACUUGCUGUGCAUUUUAACCAAUAAUCUGAUGAAUAUAGAAAAAAUCCAAAAUAUGGGUAUGGUUGGAUGUAACACAUAGAGUAUGGAGGAAAUUUUCUGAAAAAUACGUUUAGAUUAGUUUGAAAGAGAUGUGGGCUGAUGGCUGAGUUGUAUGUUACUAACUUGGCCCUGACUGGUUAUGCAACCAUUGCUUCAUUUCUUUGCAAAAUGUAGUUAAGAUAUACUUUAUUCUAAUGAAGGCCUUUUUUUUUUUGAGAUGGAGUCUUGCUCUGUCGCCCAGGCUGGAGUGCAGUGGCACAAUCUCGGCUCACUGCAAGUUCCACCUCCCAGGUUCACGCCAUUCUCCUGCCUCAGCCUCUCGGAGUAGCUGGGACUACAGUCGCCCGCCACAUUUUUUUUUUUGUAUUUUUAGUAGAGACGGGGUUUCACCGUGGUCUCGAUCUCCUGACCUCGUGAUCCGCCCGCCUCGGCCUCCCAAAGUGCUGGGAUUACAAGCGUGAGCCACCGUGCCCGGCCUAAUGAAGGCCUUUUAAAUUUGUCCACUGCAUUCUUGGUAUUUCACUACUUCAAGUCAGUCAGAACUUUGUAGACCGACCUGAAGUUUCUUUUUGAAUACUUGUUUCUUUAGCACUUUGAAGAUAGAUAGAAAAACCACUUUUUAAGUACUAAGUCAUCAUUUGCCUUGAAAGUUUCCUCUGCAUUGGGUUUGAAGUAGUUUAGUUAUGUCUUUUUCUCUGUAUAUAAGUAGUAUAAUUUGUUACUUUUGAAUACCAGUACUUUCAAUGCAGGUUUUUUUGUUGUUGUUAUCUAUAAAAAUUGAGGGAAAUGGUUAUGCAAAAAAAUAUUUUGCUUUGGACCAUAUUUUUUAAGCAUAAAUUUACCUUCCUAAUUAUGUUUACUUAAGAAAAUGCUCAGUUUUGCUUGCAUUCCUUGAGAAUGUAUUUAUCUGAAGAUCAAAACAAUCCAGAUGUAUAAGUACUAGGCAGAAGCCAAUUUUAAAAUUUCCUUGAAUAAUCCAUGAAAGGAAUAAUUCAAAUACAGAUAAAUAGCGUUGGCAGUAUAUUAUAGUGAUAAUUUUGUAUUUUCACAAAAAAAAAGUUAAACUCUUCUUUUUAUUAUAAUGAUCAGCUUUUGGUAUUUCAUUGUUACCAAGAUCUAUUUUUAGAAUAAAAUUGUUCUCCUUCUAAAA